AUGGCCGACUACGAGAAGGAUGUUGGCAUGUCGAAGGACUUCCCUGCCACCGCUAAUGUGCUCAGCCGCGGCGGCAAGUACACGGGCCAGGUCGACGAAGGUGUUGCGCCAGGCGAGGACUUGCACCGCAAGCUGAAGGCCCGCCAGAUUACCAUGAUCGCCAUCGGAGGUAGUAUUGGUACUGGACUCGUCAUCGGUAGUGGUGGCGGCCUCGCGAAGGGCGGUCCUGUCGGCCUUCUUCUCGCCUACAUCAUUAUGGGCUUCGCAUGCUUCGGCGUCAUGAUGAGUCUGGGAGAGAUGGCUACGGCGCUCCCGUCGAAGAAGGGUUUCGGUGGCUACGCCGCACGGUUCGUCGACCCCGCCAUGGGCUUCGCUGUCGGCUGGAGUUACCUUCAGAAGUACUGGAUCGUCACCGCCAACAACGUCGUCGCAGCUGCUAUCGUCGUUCAAUUCUGGACGAACGCCGUCCCCGUCGGCGCCUGGAUCGCUAUCUGGCUUGUGCUCACGGUUUGCCUGAAUCUGUUCGGCAUCGCAUUGUUCGGCGAGAUCGAGUUCUGGAUGAGUUUCAUCAAAAUCGUCACGCUCACCGGCCUCAUCCUUCUCGGCUUGAUCAUCGACCUUGGCGGUGCCGGCGUCGAGCGCAUCGGCUUCCGUUAUUGGAGGGAUCAGCCUUUCUCGCACUACAUCUACAAGGGCGACUUGGGAGUCUUCUGCGGCGUCUGGGCUUGCAUGGUCUCUGCCCUCUUUGCGUACUCGGGUACUGAGCUCGUCGGAGUGACAUUCGGAGAGGCGAAGCGCCCCCGCAAGGUCAUCCCGCAGACCAUCAGGCGUACUCUGGCACGCAUUCUGUUCUUCUACAUCGGCUCCAUCUUCGUCGUCGGGCUCAUCGUCAAAGCUACCGACCCCGACCUCAUCGCGACGACCAAGAAGGCUACUUCCGCCGCCGCUUCUCCCUUCGUUCUCGCCAUUGAAAGGGCCAGGAUCAGCGUCCUCUCCGCCGCCAACUCCGACCUCUAUAUCGGUACCCGCACGCUUUACGGCCUCGCAGCGCAGGGCCAGGCGCCGCGCAUCUUCAUGCGGACGAACCGCUUCGGCACGCCUUACUGGUGCACGGCGCUUUGCUCCGCCAUCGGCUGCAUCUCGUUCAUGGCCACCUCGUCGGGCUCUCGGGUCGUGUUCGGAUACUUCGUCUCGCUCGUCACCGUCUACGCUGCUCUCGUCUGGAUGUCAAUCCUCUUCUCGCACAUCCGCUUUAUGCGCGCGCUAAAGGCGCAGGGUACCUCGCGCGACUCGCUGCCGUGGAAGGCGCCGGGCCAGCCUUACGUCGCGUACAUCUCGCUCGGCAUCACGGCGAUCGUUACCUUCUUCAAGGGCUUCGACUCGUUCACCGUCAAGUUCAACCACAAGACCUUCAUCACCAACUACCUCGGCAUUCCCGUCUACCUUGCCCUCUUCCUCGGCUACAAGCUCUGGUAUAAGACCAAGCUCAUCCCGCUCAAAGAGGUCGACCUUAUCACCGGCAAGCGCGAGUUCGACGAGGACGAGGCGUUGUGGGCGGAGGAGGAGGCCGAGUCGAACAAGCCAUGGUGGAAGAAGCUUUGGGAUGCGGCAUAG